CAAAAGAUCUGACCGUGAACAUGAUCUGACGACACAAAGAGCGUUGUACAGAAGUGCACAACUGAUGUAAUUAAAGCAGCUUAUGAUCAACAUAACUUAAGUCAACUUAACUCUGCAGUGUAAACACGGCCUUAGUAACACCAUUUCCCGAAGUGGUGCAGAGUCACAGUCAAUGUAACAUCAGCGAAGACACUGCGUAGCUUACAUCAGCUGUAACUAGCUUUCAGGAGCCAUCGCACAGGCCCCAGGCAGAAAGUACAAUCCACCCAGCGCCCCCAGUGAGGCCCCGCACCGCGCGCACACACACUAUGCAGUAACAGUGGCGGGGCCAUGCUGACAUCCGUGAGCUAGACAGGGCGUCAGACUAUCAACCCCCCCGGCCACAGGCGCUGACAGUGACCAGGCCGCCAAGAGAGGCCAAGGGCUACGCUACAGAGGAGGAGCCACGUGACCGUUACCUCCGGCCACGGCGCUGAACUGCCCCCGGCAGACGGAGCCACCCGCCAGCAGGGGAGGAAGUGAAAUCCUAAUUAACAUGUAUGGUCUCUUUGGGUCUGAACAUACAAAUGCAUGCUGUUGGACACAGCAUUUGACUUCAGCAAGGCUACUGAUGAAAAUCAACAAAAGAAGAUGAAGGCCAAUAAAGGAAAAACCUUCACUAGAGAGAGAGAGUUUUUGUAUAAAUUCAAUGCUGGAAAUCAGCGCUUAGUGCUUACAGUGCCUCUCAGAUUUCCUGUGCAAGAGAAUGCCAGUCAUUUGCAUGGACGUCUAAUGCUCCUGCACAAUUUACCAUGCUUCAUAGAAAAUGACUUAAAGCAAUCUCUUAGUCAAUUCAUUGAAGGAGAAUCCAUAAAAGAUUAUGAUAAAGAAGCAGAGGCAGCCCUGGAAGCUGUGAAAUCAGGAGAAGUGGACAUGCACCAGCUGGCAAAUGCUUGGGCUAAAGCUUAUACAGAGACAACAUUAGAACAUGCAAGACCUGAAGAACCCAGUUGGGAUGAAGAUUUUGCAGACGUGUACCAUGAUCUGAUACACUCUCCAGCUUCUGAAACUCUGUUAAACCUGGAACACAAUUAUUUUGUUAGUAUCUCAGAAUUAAUAAAUGAAAGAGACGUGGAACUGAAAAAAUUACGAGAAAGACAAGGAGCAGAAAUGGAUAAGGUGAUGCAAGAACUAGGAAAAUCGCUAACAGAUCAAGAUGUAAAUGCACUGGCUGCUCAGCAUUUUGAAUCCCAACAGGUUUUGGAGAAUAAAUGGACCAGUGAACUAAAACAGUCCACCGCCAUCCAAAAACAGGAGUAUCAAGAAUGGGUGAUAAAACUUCAUCAAGAUCUAAAAAAUCCCAACAACAGCUCAAUCAGUGAGGAAAUUAAGGUUCAACCCAGUCAGCUGAGAGAAUCUGUAGAAGGAAAUGGAAGAAUUUAUGAAGAGCAGAGGCAGUUAGAAGAAAGUUUUACUAUUCAUUUGGGAGCCCAGUUGAAAACGAUGCAUAAUUUGAGAUUAUUGAGAGCUGAUAUACUGGACUUCUGUAAACACAAACGCAAUCACCGAAGUGGAGUAAAGCUUCACAGACUUCAAACUGCAUUGUCUCUUUAUUCAACUUCUCUUUGUGGCCUGGUUUUAUUGGUAGACAACCGAAUCAGUUCAUACAGUGGCAUCAAAAGAGAUUUUGCAACAGUUUGCCAAGAAUGCACAGAUUUCCACUUUCCUGGGAUUCAAGAGCAGCUUGAAAUUGUGCAGCAGGUUGUACUUUAUGCUAGAGCACAACGCAGCAGUAAGUCAAAAAGACAGCAUGAUUCAGUAAAUAGAAAUGGUGGAAAUGAAGAGAAGUCCAAGAAUAUUGAGCGAAACCAAUCAAAUAUUUUGCCUGGAGAAUUUUACAUCACACGCCAUUCAAAUCUUUCUGAAAUUCAUGUUGCUUUUCAUCUGUGUGUGGAUGAUAAUGUAAGGUCUGGUAACAUUACUGCUCGGGAUCCUGCAAUCAUGGGCCUCAGAAAUAUUCUCAAAGUUUGUUGUACACAUGAUAUUACUACAAUUAGCAUCCCUCUUCUGCUGGUACAUGAUAUGUCAGAGGAAAUGACUAUACCAUGGUGCUUGAAGAGGGCAGAGCUUGUGUUUAAAUGUGUCAAAGGCUUCAUGAUGGAAAUGGCUUCAUGGGAUGGAGGAAUUUCUCGGACCGUACAAUUUCUGGUACCGCAGACUAUAUCUGAGGAAAUGUUUUAUCAGCUGAGUAAUAUGCUCCCCCAGAUCUUUCGAGUGUCCUCUACGCUGACUCUGACAUCUAAGCACUAACCCCGCUGCAUGUCACUGAAAGAGAUGAGAGUAUUGGUUUAAAUACCAGAAUUUCUCCUCUGUAUUUUUCCCAAAAUUGACUGUUUAUUUGGAAGUUAAAUUUUAUUGCAAGUUGCAAACAAAAUAAUGUAUAUCCAUUUAAAAGUUCAUAAAAUCAGUGUUCUGUCUUGAUGUAUUUGCCAAAAAAAUCAAAUACAGUCAGUCUUUCAGCAAGAUAUUAAUGUGAAAUUUCACCUUUUUAUGCAUAUCACAUACUGUAAAUGUUUGUUUGUGUGACCUAAAAUGUGUGUAUUUAAAUGUUAUCUAUGGAAGCAUAGUAAUUUUCAAACCUAAGCAUUUACAGUAGCAGGAAUAGAUAUCUAUACAUUUUGUGGAAACAUUCUUGUUUUCUGAAUUUGCCCAAUGCAAUUUAGAAGAGCAUGAAUUAUGUCAGGCAAGCCUUCUUAGAAUAACUUAAAUAAUCUGGAAACAUUGUAAAAGCAACUGUAAUAAGGUCACCCUGACCAUGAGAAUAAAAUUGACACCCCCUCCCAUAACAGUUACAAAAUGAAAGGUAAAAUAAACUGAAAAAUAACCACUAA